AUGACUAUAACCACGUCAGACAGUGAUGACUCGAUAUGUAUAAAAGAUUCUUCGCCGAAAUGCACUUUGAAACGACUUCAAUGGACUUAUCUCAUCGGAAAUUUUCUCAUGGCAGCUGCGAAUCAUUUACCAGGCGCUUAUCGCUAUGCCAUUUAUCAAAGUUACGGAAUUAAUCGAGCAACGAUUGAAUUGUUUUAUGUUAUUUACUACGGAUCAGCAUUGUUUCUCGGUACUUUUGUUGCAUCUCUUUCUGAUCAAAUCGGACGUCGCUUUGCAUGCGUGCUCUUUGGAGUUUUCUACAUUCUGUACUGCUUUUCGUUUCGUUUUCCCUACACGAAUAUCCUCGCUCUUGGAACUAUACCAUGGGGUAUAGCUAGUGCAAUUGACCAAACGGUGUUCGAAGCAUGGUUGAUUACAGAACAUCGAAAACUUUCUCGAGAUCCAGUAUCAUUGAAAUAUAUUCUACGGAACACGUCUCUUGUGAAAAUCUGUGCAUCCAUUGGAGUGGCUCUUGCUUCUCAAUUUUUGGUACAAUCAUUUGGUUAUCUUGCACCGUUCAACGCAGCUAUUUUGUGUUUAUUCGUUAUGAUGACAUUUAUCUCAUGUACAUGGUCGGAAAAUCAUGGAAAUAAACAUAUGUCAUCGAUGACCUCAUUAACUCUAGGAUUUCACGCACUUCGAGAUGACUAUCGUAUUGUGUUACUUGGAUUAUGUACAUCAUUUUACGAAGCAACAAGUUAUAUCUAUGGAAUCGAAUGGACACCGGCCUUGCAGAAUGCGAAAAGUAUGAUUAUUUAUGAUCCAAUACCAUUGGGUUUCUGUUUUGCCGGACAAUUAUUAUCGCGAUUUAUUGGUACAUUAGCUUUUGGUAUACUAGCCAGACAUUUUCGAACCGAAAGUUUCAUGAUAGUGAUCUUCUUUCUGGCUGCUUUUGGAUUAAGUGUGCCGAUCUUUUUUCCCGAUGCACAAUGGCCGAUUAUGAUAGGCUUCUGUUUGUACGAAUUUUCUUUCGGUGUCUACCGACCAGCUUCGGGUUUAUUGAGAAGUGAAUACAUUCCCGAUGAUAUUCGAGCAACUGUAAUGAACUAUCUACGUGUGCCACAACUUGUUCUCGUGUUGGGAAUAUUACUCUCACAUUUUCAAUUAUCCGUUGUGUUCUUCCUUUGGGUCUUUAUGUCAUCUUUAGCAAUGAUAUGCAUGACUUUACUGAAUUUCGUGACAUUGCCUAGUGAAAAAGUACCUGUUAUUCAGCAUAAGGACGUGCUCGGCUAUGAGCCCAUAGUUCAAAGUGAAAACACAAUUCUUCAGAUUGAUGUGGAUAGUUCCGGUGAAACUAGCGACGGCCAUUAA